AAUCUUGGAUAAAAGGACACUACCCUUCCCUGUCUUUGCUCGCUGCCCGAAAAGAACAUACAGAAAAAACACUUUCACAUUUCACACUUACAGAGAGAGAGAAGAGAGCAGUAGGUAGUAGUAAGGAAAAAGAAGGAGAGAGAUAAUGGCUAUGAACUCCAUAUCUGGGUGCAGAUUGGGUUCCAUUUUCAUGUUUUUGUUUAGUCUCUCCAUCGCCGUCUUAGUCGCCAUCGCCGAAGACAAGGCUCCGCUUGUCGAAGAUGGUUUGGUGAUAAACGGUGACUUCGAAACAUCACCGUCAAAUGGAUUCCCAGACGACGGAGUAACCGACGGACUAUCCCAGAUUCCGGGCUGGAAAUUAAACGGCACGGUGGAGCUAAUUAAUUCCGGUCAAAAACAAGGAGGAAUGAUCCUGAUCGUCCCACAAGGCAGACACGCCGUCCGAUUAGGCAACGACGCAGAGAUCAGCCAAGAUCUAACGGUUGAGAAAGGUUUCGUCUACUCUGUCACGUUCAGCGCUGCCCGCACGUGCGCUCAACUCGAGUCAAUUAAUGUGUCGGUAGCGUCUGUGAACGCAGACGCGGACGAUAUGGGCGCGUCGCGUAACGUGGAUUUGCAAACGCUUUAUAACGUUCAGGGUUGGGAUCCUUACGCGUGGGCGUUUGAAGCUGAAGAGGAUCACGUACGUUUGGUUUUUAAGAAUCCUGGUAUGGAAGAUGACCCCACUUGUGGUCCUAUCAUCGAUGACAUUGCUAUUAAGAAGCUCUUUACUCCUGAUAAACCCAAAGAUAACGCGGUGAUCAAUGGAGAUUUUGAAGAAGGUCCAUGGAUGUUCAGGAACACGUCCCUUGGUGUACUGCUACCGACAAACCUCGACGAAGAGAUAUCUUCUCUUCCGGGUUGGACUGUUGAAUCGAACCGGGCGGUCCGGUUUGUAGACUCGGAUCACUUCUCAGUUCCGGGUGGUAAACGAGCCGUGGAGCUUCUCUCGGGCAAAGAAGGCAUUAUUUCUCAACUGGUCGAGACCAAGGCUGAUAAGCCGUACUUAUUGUCAUUCUCGCUCGGCCACGCUGGUGAUAAAUGCAAGGAACCGUUGGCUAUAAUGGCUUUCGCAGGUGAUCAGGCGCAGAACUAUCAUUACAUGGCGCAAGCGAACUCGAGUUUCGAAAAGGUUGGUUUGAAUUUCACGGCAAAGGCUGAUCGAACCAGAGUUGCGUUCUAUAGUGUUUAUUACAAUACGAGGACUGAUGAUAUGAGCUCCUUGUGUGGACCCGUGAUUGAUGACGUUAGAGUUUGGUUCUCCGGGUCGAAGAGAGUCGGAGCUGGGUUCGGAUUCUGGGUUUCGGUUUUAUUUCUUCUGGCUAUCGGUUUGUUUUAGUAGUAUAAUUCGAUGAUAUUUAGCUGUUCCGGUUUUAUUCUAGUGUACCAAGAAAACGGUAUUGCAAAAACCAAGAAUUCUGUAUGGUUUUAUUUAUCCAUUAAGGUUAAAGCAAUUUCGAAUGUAUUUUUAUCGUUUUAAUGCAAAAUCAUGUUCGAUCGAA